UCAGUGGUGGAUAUUGUUAGGAACUACACAGCUGAUUAUGACAAAACUUUAAUUUUCAACAAGAUUCACCAUGAACUGAACCAGUUCUGCAGCGUGCACACUCUGCAGGAGGUCUACAUUGAGUUGUUUGAUAUUAUAGAUGAGAAUCUGAAGACUGCAUUACAGAAAGAUCUUAAUGCGAUGGCACCUGGACUAACAAUUCAGGCAGUCCGUGUUACCAAGCCAAAGAUCCCAGAAUCUAUCAGGAGAAACUUUGAACUCAUGGAGGCUGAAAAGACCCGCCUGUUAAUAACGGCACAGACUCAGAAAGUGGUAGAAAAAGAAGCAGAGACCGAAAGGAAGAAAGCCAUUAUUGAAGCUCAAAAGGUUGCUCAAGUAGCAGAGAUCCAGUACAAGCAGAAAGUCAUGGAGAAAGAGACGGAGAAGAAGAUUUCUGAAAUAGAAGCUGAAAUUGACACCGAAAUACCUGGAGCUCAUGAAGUACCAGGCCAUAGCGGCCAACAGUAAGAUCUACUUUGGCCAGGACAUUCCUAACAUGUUUGUGGAGGGGACGAACGGCGCCACUAAACCCGUGCCCUCGCCUAUUUUACACAACGCUGAACCAGAACUGCCUAAAGCCAAGUAAAAGUCCCAGUGAGUCCACAGCUGAGCCUCUGCACAGGGCAGGACGACCUGAUGCAAAGCGGUCUUGUCACUGAACAUGUGUUGCUUUGCCGCUAGUUUGGUGAACAGCACACUUCAGUCUUAAAUCUACAUGGCAAAGAGACAGAAAGCGAAAAGUAAAAGUUUGGGACACAGUGUGAGUCUUACUAGGAAAGAGAACGAUGCUGUCUUUAUGUCUGGGAAGGUGACAGAAAGUACUUACACCUGCUUAUUUUUUCCUAUUUUAAUUUUUUAUUUUUUUUAAAUCAGUGCAGCGUUUAACUUUGCUUUUGGAGCCAUUUUCAUUACAUAUGUGCAGCAGCUGUGAUUUGUGAUCGCCAUGAGUUACUGGUUUUCCAACCUCUGGUUUAGCUACAUUGAAACUUAACUGGUGACACUAAUUAAGUUGAUGGAGACGGUUUCUAAGUAAUUAAAAUCAUCUGUGCCAUUUGUUUUCUUUUAACAAGUUAGUGGUUGGCUGUGCUCUCUUAAUCCAUACCUGAGAACCAAUUGAUUAACACCUCAUGUCCCAUGCUGCUCAUGGUGAAGUUUUGACACUUAGUCUGGUUGAAUACAGAUGUUUCAACAUUAAAGAUACAAUAAAAAUAAUCCCAGCUGUUAAUCUUCCUUUGACUCAGAGAUCUUGAAGCUUCGUGGAGGAGAGUAGUGGAUAAAUCAGAUUGUUGGCUGUUUGCUUUAUUUUUAUGGAUGAUUUUUUUUUUUAAUCUGUUGGUUUGCUGACUUUCUGUGACACUUACUGUGAAGGAAAAGGGACAUAACUCAUAUUUUUUGUCUUAUGAAACUAAAUUAAGAUGCUUAACAGGGAGUAAAUCAGUAGAGGUGUGGGAUUUUGUUUUGUCAGGAUGUCGGCAUGCUUGUUUGGGUUUGAUUAACAGGGCUAUGCAUGUUUUAUUUUCUUUUGUUGUUUUUUUAAUUCAGAUAAAUAUAACCCAUUAUUUUCUCCUUAUACAGCUUGUUCAGAUAUAAUUAAAUGUAAAUUCUCAGGACGUUUUAUUUUAUUCUAAUCAUUGUUUGAUUUAUUAUUGAGCAACGCUUUGCUUUUACGUAAAAAA